AUGGCGAUGCACGACUCCCCAGAGAAAAAUGCCCCUGAUGCCGUUGAGUCGCGUGUCCAGCCUGACCUCCCCGUUGAACGAUUUGGAGGCAUCGGUAGUCCCGGUGUGAGGCGGAUCGAGGUGAUCUCAUCGCAGUUCAAUCUGGUCCAUCGCAUAAUUUUCUUCUUCGGUGUCUUCCUUAUCGCCUAUGUCUAUGGUUUGGAUGGAACAAUUCGGUAUACUUAUCAGCCUCUGGCGACUGCCGAAUAUGGGUCACACAGUCUGCUGGCGACAGUCAAUGUUCUACGUGCGGUAAUUGCUGCUGCUGCUCAGCCUACCGCGGCUAAAAUUGCAGAUGUCUUUGGGAGAGUGGAGCUCAUCCUGCUGUCGAUUGUUUUUUAUACUGUAGGUACGAUCGUCGAGGCAGCGUCCGACCGCUUGUACGAGUUCUGUAUCGGUGCCGUGCUUUACCAGAUCGGAUAUACUUCAAUUAUCCUGUUGGUGGAGGUUCUGAUCGCCGACGUGACAUCCACGCGGUCUCGACUGCUCUUCUCGUAUAUUCCUGCACUGCCGUUCAUUAUUAAUACCUGGAUCAGCGGUAACGUCACAUCGGCCGUCCUGGGGGUUACCUCGUGGAAAUGGGGUAUCGGGAUGUUCGCCAUCAUCUACCCCGUCUGCACCAUUCCGUUGCUCGCUGUCCUCUUCGUGGGCCACUUCAAGGCUAGGCGAGCCAACCCCCAGGCCUAUAGGUUCUCCCUCUUGGACCAGGGAGUUGGUCAAUUUUUCAUCGACGUGUUCUGGUACUUGGAUGUGGUUGGCAUUCUGCUCCUGAUUGCCCUCCUGGCUCUGAUCCUCGUUCCGUUCACGAUUGCCGGAGGCGCCGUGACGCAGUGGAAGACAGCCAAAGUCAUUGCCCCUCUCGUCAUUGGAGUGCUCUGCGUUCCAGCCUUCAUAAUGUGGGAGCGGUGGUGUCCACAUCCGAUGGUUCCUUUCAAGUUGUUGAAAGAUCGCGCGGUUUGGGGUGCGUUGGGAAUUGCUGUCAUGCUCAAUACCGCCUGGACCCUGCAAGCCGAUUACCUCUACACCGUUCUCAUUGUGAGCUUCGACGAGAGUACAUUGAGCGCCACGCGCAUUACCUCGCUCUACAGCUUCGUCUCUGUGUUAACGGGAACUACUCUCGGAGCGAUCGUCAUAUAUGUGAGACGCCUCAAGCCGUUCAUUGUCGCGGGUACCUUGCUCUUCAUGGCAGCCUUUGGUAUCCUCAUCCGAUUCCGGGGAGGCGCAGACGGCUCCAAUCAUGCAGGGAUCAUCGGUGGUCAGCUCCUUCUUGGUUUUGCCGGCGGUCUGUUCCCUUACCCAGCUCAGGCUAGCAUUCAAGCCGCCUCCAAGCAUAAGCACCUUGCCGUCAUCACCGGCAUCUACCUCGCCACGUACAACGUCGGCAGCGCCAUCGGAAACACGAUCUCCGGCGCCAUCUGGACUCAGGUCCUGCCCGGCGAGCUGGAGAAUCGGCUUGGCAACGCGACACUGGCCGCAGAAGUCUAUGGUAAUCCCUUCGCCUUUGCCGAAGUAAAUCCCGUCGGCACGCCGGACCGGGACGCCGUCGUGUUGGCCUACAAGCAUGCGCAGAGAUUGCUGUGUAUCACGGGUAUCUGUCUGACUGUGCCCCUGAUCGCCUUCUCGCUCUGUGUCCGCAACCCACGUCUGACGAAGGAACAGACCUUGAAGGAGGCGGAGGAGAGGGAUGAUAACUGA